AAAUAAAAUUUAUAAAAAAAAGUUUGCACCGGGAAUUGAACUCGAGUCUAACAUGUGGCGAGGAAAAAUAGGCGGUGCGUUUAUUUCUUCGACUGCUUAUUUUUUGACCAUUUUGUUACUUUUGAAAUGAUAAGCGGAUACAUAAAAUUUAUUACAAAUUUUUUUACGAUUACAUUAAAAAAAUAAAAAUUAAAAACGAAAAAAAAAAAAUUUCCACCGAGAAUUGAUGACGAGUCACGUGGGGAGGAUAAAUACGCAGAGCGUUUAUUUCUGCGCCUGCGUUGUGAACAAAAGGUUUUGUGCAUGCGCGCGACGCGAAUAAUUUGUAUAUGAAAAACAAUAAUGCACAAGCGCAAGAACAUCAUCUUCCUUUCAUACAUAUGUACAUAUGCAUGUAUGCCCAAUAACCUCACUGACUUUUCCCCACACAAAAAUUAGAAACACCACAAUUCCACCAUAAAAUGAAAACACCACAUAAAAAAUUAAUACACCAUAUUUCUCUUUCACCAACUUUACUCCACUUGUUUUUGUAUAUAUUUGCAUAUGUGUAUGCAUUUAUGUGCACAUAUGUCAUAGAGAUUAACUGUUAGUCGAAUAAACAAAUGCGCCAAUAAGAAGUUCGAAAGAAAAGUUGGCGUGUAUCAGAACGCAAAAUUUUGAAAGUGAGUCGGUCGUGCUAAGCAAUUUUCGAUAGUUUUGUGUGAAAAAUUUAAAAUAAUUAACUUUUAAACAAAAUGCCUAAAGUUCGGAAGUGCGUAGUUCGCGGGUGCAGUGAAAAAAACAAACAAAUGUUUCUUUUGCCUCGGGAUAAGGCUGUAGCACAGAAGUGGUUGGAAAAUUUACGUUUGGAGCCAACUGCUCGUUGCACGCCUUAUACCACAUUCGUAUGCAGGAAUCAUUUUGAGGACUACGCUGUUGGGAAAAAACUUUUAAAACGAAAUGCAGUUCCAACCAUAAAUCUCGGAUUUGAUGAUGUUCCUAAUGCCAUGGAAAAAAAAAUAAAUCGGUGUUGCUGCAUCGAAGAUUGCCAACCCGAUGGCAAUUCAAUAUUAUUCGCAUUUCCUAAAACGGAAGUUGCCUUCAACACGUGGGCUUUAGCGUGCAAUUUAAAGAUGCCAUUUCCCGUCCACAAGAAGCUUUUCAUUUGUGAACGUCACUUUGAAAAAAAGUACAUUUCAAAAAAAAGACUUUUGGAUGGGGCUUUUCCAAAAUUAAAAUUAAAUGUAAACAGUUUUAGUAGUUCUAGUAAUAGUGGCUCUUCGGAGUUGAUCCUUCAGCCUGUUCAGCGGACUUAUAUCAGGCCUAAUCUGGACGAGGACUUGACAUUAGAAGAGUUUGAAAGAUUUUCAAUUUUGGAAGAAAAUAGGCAGCGUUUUGACAUACGAGGUAGCGAUAAUUUGGUCUACGACCAAGAACAUUUCGCUCAGGUGGCACGUUCUUUUCAAAGUAAUGCCAACAAACAGGACAAAGAAAUUAUGGAGCUGAAACAGGAAGUGGAAAUUUUGAAAAAGCAAUAUUUAGAUUUAGAAAAAAGGAUCCUACGUCAUCAAUUUGAAAAUAAAGGAUCUAACUGUGAAAAUGACGAUGACAUCAACUUGGAUUGGAAUCUUACUGAAGAAGAACCAACCACUGAAAACUUGGAGCCUUUGGAGCAACUUGCCGUGGAUGAAAUAUACAUUCCAGAUGAGCAAUUUGCUGAAAUAGAAGGUAAAGCUGCAGAAAUCCAGCUAGCCCUGACCUAUAAUCGCUGUGUCAGCGAUUAUGCUGAAUGGAUUAUGUUUCAACGUCGCGACGGCGCAUGGAAUGUUGACGGCAACGUAUUGUGGAGUUUGGCAUAA